UUCGCUUAUCGAGAGUUCGAGAGGCCAACGCGUGUUGGAUUCAGAAAGCGAGGAAUCGCAAACCUGGAGAAAUUGGGUCGUUUUAUUUCGAAGAGCGUUCCUCCUCAUCCUGUUCGCUUUCUGCCUCGCUUGCUUGCCAUGUCUAAGUCCGCCUCCACUUCCGUCUUCCAGAACCUGAUGCGUUUCAUCAAGAAGCCAUGGGAGAUCACGGGUCCGUGCGCCGACAUGGAAUACAAGUCGGCAUUGACCAGCGCGCUCGAGUAUCGAGUCUUCUGUCCCGCCACCACCCGGGAAAAAGCCAUUGUGCCCACAUCCAAUCCUGAAACCGUUUACGACAUCAAGUACUACACUCGCGAUCAACGGCGGAAUCGUCCUCCGAUCCGCCGCACCAUCUUGAAGAAGGCCGAUGUGGAGAAAAUGAUGAAGGAGAAUACAUUUGACGUUUCGGAUUUCCCCCCUGUUUACGUGACUGCGACGAUUGAAGAGGACAUGAAUGCACGAGGUGGAGGCUACCAGAAAUAGGUGUGUGCGAUCAUGGAAUGGCGGGCACAGUUCAAUCACCUAUCUGUUCUAGUCAGUGAAAAGUUUGAUUAGUGAUGUUUGUGAAGGAUGUCCAUUUUUAAAAGUGUAACCACCAUAUGUCAAUAAAGCAUAGUUUGCUGCAGUGAAGUUUGACUUUUUGUACUUCUCUUUGAAUGUUGAUCAAAAGUCAAUCACUUCGGUUAAUUGCUCAUGCAUAAAUUGAAUGAUUCCUGAAGUUUUUGUGUUCU